GAAUUAUCGGAAAAGUUUCAUUUUACUCGGGAAAAUGUAUUACAUGUUUGAAGAAAUAACUUGAAAUCGGCCAUUUUGAUUGCGUUGCCUUGUUCAGUUCUAGCGAGUGACGUGAACAUCUUAUGACGAAGUACUUUUCCUAUUCCACUGAGCCAUGGAGCAUGCUCAGAUCCAGAGCUCGGAUGGUACACAGGUGAUGACCAUCAACGGACAGCAGCUGCAAGUACUGCAGAUGAACAGUGCGGGCCCGCACAUGAUCCAGGGACCCAAUGGGCAGCAGAUUGUGGUCCACGCUAUACCAACCACGGCACCUACUAUUCAGAUGGCUACACCCAAUGGACAGCAACUUCAGCAAUUGCAAGUUCUACCUCUGUCCAGUCUUCAAGGUGCAAGUAACAACAUACAGCCGAUGCAGCUGGUUCAAACAGCAGACGGGCAGACAUUCAUCUACCAGCCGACAGCCAGUGCUCAGCCUGCCAUAGACCAGCAUCAGAUUAUCCACCAACCUGCUGUCAUCAAUUUAAAUGGUAACCUGGUGCAAGUAGCGGGAGUCGGCAAUGCGGUGCAACAGCAGCAAAUUGUCAACCAGCCAGCCAACCAGCAUAUUGUUAUGAUGGUAAACAACAACAACAACAACAACACCGGGGCCAGCACAUCAUCAGCGCCGUCAGAAAGCGCGGCGUCGGACGAGGAGCCGCUCCUGUACGUGAACGCGCGCCAGUACAAGCGCAUCCUCAAGCGACGCGCGGCUCGAGCUAAACUGCAUGAGCAAGGAAAAAUACCUAAGGAGAGACCGAAAUAUCUACAUGAGUCCAGACACAGGCACGCAAUGAAUCGGAUACGCGGCGAGGGUGGCAGGUUCCAUUCCGGCAGUAGGAAGUGUAGGAAUAUGGAGAUGGCGGAGCAGGGCUCGGAGGACGAUCACAAGCCGCUGGAAGACAUCAAACCGGACACUGUAUCUAUCACUAUUAUUCAGGACGAAGAAUCCCAAGAGCGCCAACGGAGUCACUGGCGCCGUCUCGCGCCGCACCAACCCGUGCCCUCCGCGUAGCAUCUCUCUCUCUCUCACGCGCGGACUGAGCCCGCCCAACGGUCGCUUACUCUAGUUAUAUCAAACGUGAAGGGAUAGCUGAUAGCGCGCCGAGAAAAACUAUGGGGAUAACCGCUAUACGACUUCGCUCAUUCGGUCGGUGAGUUAGAAAUUGCUGUUAUAGUUGCUGUUAGGCUUCAGUGGAUGAUUGACAUACAGGCGGGCCGUAUUAUUGACAGGAUCACCCAACGUGAUAAUAAGUGGUACAUCAUAUACUGCCAGCCUGCAUACUUAGUCCUAUGCCCAUAAUAUUGGUAAGGCAAAUGGUUAAUUUCGUCUAGCUAGCCUUCUAGAAAAACCAACCGACUGAGAUCAGUGAAAUGCGGCGAUUUUAGAUGGCGCUCUCGAUGUUCCUGUUAUUGGACAGUCAAUUUGACAGAUGCCUUUCCUAUAGUUCGUGUGAAUGUUCAUUUAUUGGAUAUCUUACUUUUAACAGGCAUUUUUUUAUGUCAGCUACUGUAAAUUAC